AGUGACAACAGCUGCAUCAGCCCUGAGAGAUAAAGCGUACAGCUUUGCAGUGUUAAAGUUCAGAUAUUGUUUUUCUGGCAUCUCCUCUGAGUUCUCAUGUACUAUGUAGCUGAGUUUAUACUUUUACUGUGUUACAGUGAAAAAAUAAAAACCAUAAACACAAAAGUUGAAGUUCAGUGUCUUUUUUAUUUGUUCACAGUGUAACACAAAACAUAUGCUUGUACCUGUUCUUUACAUACAUUUGUGGGUUCAACAUAGACGUGAGAAAUAGUUUACCUGUCAGAAUAGUAGUUGUAUAGUUAUUUACAGUUGUGGGUUUAAAUGUGAAGAGCUUUACACACGCACACACUCCCACUAUGCAUGUUUCUCUGGCCUGUAGAUUCACUUCUGAUAGCUGUUGUGGUUUUGCUGUGAACAGUUUCUGCUACUUGGUCAACGUCUGCAGUCACACACUCAGGUAUCUGCUUUAACAGCUUCAUCAUGGCUGGACGCAUGUUGUUCAUCAUCCUCAUGUGUUCCUUUCAUAAGAUUCAAGUACAAGGUCAAAGACCAGAGUUGAGCGGUCAUCAUACUGAAGAUGUUUAUAUGUUCACUUGUUCUCUGCCUGCAUCUGUGGAACAUGAUACAACAUGUAACCUGUACUGUGGAGAAGACAGUCGUCCAGUAGUAACAGCUAAAACCUGGAAGACAAGGAGGUCAAAAACCAACCAGUUGUUCUGUCUGUUUACUGUUCAGACUAAUGAUUUGUGGAGGCAUCUAUGCUCAGUUCAACAAAAGGAUGUCAGCUGUGAUUACAAACUGGAAUAUGAAGUCAACACAACUCUGUCUCUGGCUCCUCGUAGUGAUAGAUACAACCUGAGAGACUUUUUCCAAAACGAAUCAAAUGAAAGACGACGUGUGACCACGAUGACCACAGGCAGUUCAGCUGUUAACAUGUCAAGAGACACCACUCCUACAACAACAAGACAACCUGACAACAAGAUAUCAGAUGAUGAUCUGAACUCCACUGCUUCAACUACUGUAACAAAAGUUACAUCAGAUACUAUGGAUAACAUGAACCACACAACAAAUAAUAAGACCACAGUUGCUCCAUCAGGUCAGACUGAGAACACUGAUAGUUCUUCUGUCUCGGUCACAUCAGAGAAACCAACAACAGUCAUAACUCCAGAUAUUUUGACCUCAACUAACACAACCACUAUGAAUCCAGCUCCUGAUGAUGUACAAACAGUCACUGCCAAUCUCAGCUCUACUACCUUUCCCAAAACAGAAACACAGACUUGGAAGUUGAUAAUAGUUGUGGCUUGUUUUGGAACGGCUGUGACUGUCAUCUUAGUGGUGCUGGUAAUUCUUGGAACCAAUAGAAGUGGGACGUCUUCACACACAAGAUCACAAGCCAAUUGUAAACCAGACUAUAUAUGCAUGAACACUAUUUAUGAUGGAAGACAGUUGCCUGCAGGUAAUGAUGAAACCUACAGUGAGAUCACCUCAGUACGUGAUGCUGGUGUUUCUGCUGGUUCUGACAAGCUGCAAAGGGAAGAGUCUCAGAAUGAACGUUCAGACAUAUAUCAUGUGUAUGCGACCAUUUCAGAGGAGCCAGCUCCAUCUGCCCAGCAGGAUGGAGUGUACAGCCUCCUGCAGCCACACUGAAACAGUGAUCAGACAUAACAUUAUGACCACCUUCCUAAUACUGUGUAGGUCUCCCUUGUGCCUCCAAAACAGUUGUGACUCAUCAGAGAAUGGACAUGUGUCUUCUGAGGGUGUCCUGUGUCUGGUAACAGGAUGUUGUUAGUGGGGUCUUUGGGUUGAGAGGAGGGGCCUCUGUGGAUCAUCCCACAGAUACUUGAUCAGUUUGAGAUCCAGUGAAAUUGGAGGCCAGAUUAAUACAUUUUGCUGUUCUUCAUGUUUUUUUUAAUUGUUCCUAAACUGUUUGUGUGUGUGUGUCUGUAUCAGGCUGCAUCCUGCUGGCGAGCGUCAUUGUUAUUGGGUGAGAGUGUCUGGUCUGGUCUAGGUGGAUGGUACAAGUCCAAGUGACAUCCACGUAAAUGCCAGGUCCAAAGGUUUCCCAGCAGAACACUGAAUUGUCACCAGAUAGUCAAUGAUAUUUCUGCUGCCAGUGCUUUUAAUGUUGUGACUGAUCGGAGAUUCAUGAGGAUUCUUAUUGUAUGCUGCUGUAACAGAAUAGCAUCCUUCUUUAGCUAAGAUGCAGGCCAAUCCUAAUAAAUAGCAACUACAGCUACUUAAGAGGAUAUGUGUAUAUUGUUGUUAUUAUGUUACAAAUUAAAUAAUUGAUUAGAUUUCGAGUUUUGUCAAUCAAUAGUAAGACAACUAACAAAAUGUAACCACUAUAUAUGGUUAAUUUGGCUCUGUACAAAUGAAAUGGUCUGAAUAAAUGUAAAACAUUUCCUUUUGACACAUGAAUUUAUACUGUAUUAUGCAGGAGUAUAUAGGUUCGUUUAGGUUCAUCUAUCUAGGAUUAAGUCUUGUGCUCUCUAUACUGGAUGACUUUAGUUGAAAUAAGGAUUUAUGCUGCUUUUCAGAUUCAGAAUCUUGUUUUGCAUUUACAAUGUAUGUAUUGUAAUUUAUAAAUAAUCAGAAAUAGUCAUAAUUGCACAACAUCAAAGUGCAGCAUAGUGCUCUGCAAAUCAUUGUCAUCACUUAAUAAUUUUCAUCAAACUGA